CGGGUGUGCAAGGACGUGGAGUGCUGUCGGGGGGAAGCUCCGUAGUCACUGUUGAAGGGGCAGCAGGAUCCCCCCUUACGCCCCUAACAGCGCCGCGGGCCAGCGCGGUCGGGAGGCGGGAGCCUCUGCCUCACCCGCGAGCCGUCUCCUUCCCAGACUCUCCGCGCGGCGCGGCUCCUGCCCGGAGGACAGGCGUUGCGGCUGCUCUGGCAGGCCUAAGCAGAGGCGCUGCGGGGCACGGUCUGGAGUAGGCGUCCCCAGAGCCGCCGGAGUUUGGGCGCGACUGAGAGCCACCGGGGUGGGGAGGGGGAUGCCGCUCUGCGCGGCAGUGUUAGCCGGUGCUGGUGUUACCCGGUGCACGAGCUGUGCCAGCCUUUCCGGAGCCGUAGGUACCGAAAAUCCUUGCUGCUUUAGCCACGCCGGCCCAGGUAGCGCCAGUGUGGGUACGUGAGCCCUACUUGCUCUCUGUAGGGAGGGCCCUGCGGUCCGUAGUCUGGACGGGAGGAACUGCCCCGCACACUUCCCUCCUCACUGGGUUUUUCUGAGAAAUUUAGGCACUUAAAGAGGCAGAUAAACACCGAGGUAUCCCCCCCCCCCCUCGAUUUAAAUGGGAGUUGGGCACCAAGGCACUUCUGAAAAUUGUUGCCCAGAUGCAUCUUCAGGUCCCUGAAGACCUGGCCAUUGAACAAAUAGCCUGUAAGGGAUAACAAAUAUGAAAAUAUCAAUGUAACUGGUUACAUGGCAAUACAAACACUUCUGUCUUGUCACAUAGGGGAGCAGUUUCACUAUAGCUGCACAUUUUGAUGUUAAUUAAGUGAACCCUUCAUUACUUUUUUGGCCUGUUUUUGGAGGCAGUUUAUGCAGUCCAUACCAUACAUAUAGGGAGUGAAAGCAAACCAUUUUGCCAAUGGCACAUCAUAAUGAAAUACUAUACCUAAUGCUAAACCAGGAAGGCUAUUGCACUAUAAAGGAAAAUGUCUUUUUUUUCAAAAAUAUUACUGCAACCGGAAGUUGAAGAAUACCUUGGGAACGUGUUUAGAAAUAAGGAGCUCAUAAGUGCUUUAGGCACACUGGAAGCAGAGAGGAAAUAUGAAUCUCUAUUAAAUUGUCUAUCUCAUCCUCCAGCUUUCACAACUGUUAGAGUUAACACUCAUUUGGCUUCAGUGAAACAAGUGAAAAAUCUGCUGUUUGAAGAGAUCCACAAGCAGUUUAAAGGUCUUAGUGUUCCAGUUCUUCGGCAUCCAGAACUCCAGGACAUCUUACUUAUUCCUGUCAUUGGACCCAGACUGUCAGCAGGUUUUUGUAAUGAAAUUACACUUCGUAUCCUCAGGAAGGAUCUACAAAAGCAAUCAUCUGAAGUCAUUGUUGGAGCCCAGUGUGGGAAUUCAGUGCUACGAGGAGCGCAUGUCUUUGUUCCAGGAAUCAUAUCUGCUUCAAAAUUUAUGAAAGCUGGAGAUGUGGUCUCUGUAUACUCUGAUAUUGAAGGGAAGUGUAAAAGAGGCGCCAAAGAAUUUCUGGGAACCAAACUUUUUAUUGGAAAUGGGAUUUCAGAAUUGAGUCGCAGUGAAAUCUUCAGUUCAAGUGGCUCACUGAAAGGAAUAGGUGUAAGAAUGACAGACCCAGUCUACCUUAGUCCGUCGUUGGACAAUGUGCUGUCCAGUUAUUUGUUUUUGCAGAACUUGCCCUCUGCAGUUGUAAGCCAUGUUUUAAACCCUCAGCCAGGAGAGAGAAUUCUGGACAUGUGUGCUGCACCUGGGGGAAAAACAACUCAUCUUGCAACAUUAAUGCAUGACCAGGGUGAAGUGAUAGCCAUGGACAAGAUAGCUAACAAAGUCAAAAAAAUCAAGCAGAAUGCAGCAUUGUUGCAGCUGAAUUGUAUUAAAGCAUUUUGCUGUGAUGGAACUAAGGCACUUGCCAUCGGGAAGAGAGAAGAUGGACAAGAAGGCCCUCCAUUCUCAGCAGAGUCAUUUGAUCGAAUUCUUCUUGAUGUUCCUUGUAGUGGGAUGGGACAGAGACCAAAUAUGGCCUAUUCCUGGACUCUAAAAGAAGUGACUUCUUAUCAGCCAUUGCAACGCAAGCUUUUCAGCAUGGCAGUGAAAUUGCUGAAGCCAGGGGGCAUUUUGGUGUAUAGUACAUGUACAGUUACACUGUCUGAAAAUGAGGAGCAAGUUGCCUGGGCCCUGGAAACUUUUCCCUGCCUCCAGCUUCAGUCACAGGACCCACAUAUUGGAGGAGAAGGCAUGAGGGGAGCUGGACUGUCACUUGAUCAGCUGAAGCUGCUGCAGAGGUUUGAUCCAUCCAGUGUGACGUUACAAGGAAUGGAUGUGAACUCUUUGCAGGACUCUAGGGAAGAAGACCUGAUCUUGCUGGCAAAUAAAGACUGCAUAGGGUUUUUUAUUGCAAAAUUUAUUAAAUUGAACAGCAAAUAGACAUUUAGCAACACAACCUGAAAAAACCCCUUUUGAGUUAAGACUGGUCAAGCUGUUAACUGUUUCUUCUCAUGCAUUGUUGUCAAGCCAACAGGCUGAUGACAUGGUUGCUAUAGAAGCAGUAACAUCUCCUGCUGUUCUACUGGGACAGAGCCACAGUUGCAGGAGGUGUUGAUUCAUUUUAAGUCUCCAUUAGUUUUUGUAUUUAUAGUAGGUCAGUGUGGCGGAAGGAAAAGUAAAUGGAUUCACAUUACUCCUUGUUGACUUAAUGUGUACAGUAUUGCACAUUAAGAUUACUGCUUGUUUUCUGUUUUAGCUUGUUGGUUUAAUGUAUAUAGUAUUGCAUAGGAACAGGUUUUGCUAUGGGAAUUUAAAUUUUAUAAAAUGCAAAAAAAUCCAGAUUAAAUACAUUGAAAAAUAUAGUCAAUUUUUUUCAAGAAUGAUAGUUUCUAUGGGGAAUUUAGAAAUUACUGCAUCGUUAAAUAGUGAUGUGAAAUAGUCACAUUUCACAAAGAGCUGUUUCAUAAAUUAAUAAUUAUAACAUCUCAUCUCCUUUAUUUUACUACAAGCAAGAUUCUCUAUUCAUAUUACAGACACAUAGGCUUUGUAGAAUGUAUUUUACAGCAGCAUAUGUAUAUUUCCCCUCUCACUUCAGGGAAUGAAAGAUACAGUGCUUCAAGCUCAAACUUGCCAUUUUUAAGCCUGGAUCAGUUCAGUAACAGCACAGCUGGACUGAUUGACCAGAGGCAGUUUUAAAGUCCAAUAUCACUUACACCAUGAGGGCUAUAAUCUAUGUCAGUGGGAUGGUGAAAAUCUCAGCUUUUUCAUGGCACAUAGUAUCACGUUCCUGUCUCUACCUGGCAGAUUAUGAGAUCCAAUCCUAUAAUUACAGAAUCAUAGAAAUAUAGGGCUGGAAGGGACCUCAUGGUCAUCAAGUGCAGGUCCCUGUGUGGAGGCAGAACCAGUUAAACCUAGACCAUCCCUGAUAGGUGUUUGUCCAACUUGUUCUUAAAAACUGCCAGUGAUGGGACUUCAUAACAUUCCUUGAAAGCCUGUUCCAGUAUUUAACUAUCUUUAUAGCUAUUGGGGAAAACAUUCUAUCUACCUAGUCCCACUACGUCUCCAUGUUCAUGGAAAGUACAAGAACAAUUGAACACCAUCCUCUUUCUAACAACCCUUCACAUAUUUUUAAGUGUUACCAGGUUCCCCCCUCAGUCUUCUUUUCUUAAGAUUAUACAGGCUGUUUUUUAAAAAAAUCUUUCCUCACAGGUCAGAUUCUCUAAACUGGUGGUCCUCAAACUUUUCAUGGUCACGGCCUUACCCCUGCCCCCCCCGGCACUGGGAGUGUGGCUGCAACUCGACGGGGGAUGCACAGGAAUAAGGGAGCUAGGGACAGGGCUUGGAGUGGAGCCGUGGCUAGGGAUCAAGGCUGGGGCCAGCAGCUGGGUGCAAAGCGAUUGCUAAGUCUGGGGCGGGACAGGGUAGCACUGUCUUUCUGCCCAUUGAGGCUGACCUGGGCCCUGCCAGGCUCUUCCCACCCCACACAUUCCUCUGUUUGACGUCCACAGUUUGAGGUCCAAUGCACUAAACCUUUUAUUAUUGUCGUUGCUAUUGUUUGGACUUUCUCCAAUUUAUCCAUGUCUUUCCUAACGUUUGGCACCCACAAUUGGAUACAGUACUCCAGCUGAAGACCGACCACUAUGGAGUAGCACAGGACUGUUAUCUUCCGUAUCUUACAUAUAUGUUACUGUUAAUACAAGCCAGGAUAUUAUCCUUUUUCACAACUGCACCACACUGUUGGUUCACAUUCAGUUCGUGAUCCACUAUAAUUCCCAGCUCCUUUUCAACAGGACCACCACCAACCCAAUUAUUCCUCAUUUUUUUUUCUCUUCCUUAAGUGAAGUACUUUGAUUUCUGACCAGUUCUACAAGGUAAUUUUGAAUUCUAAUCCUUUUCCCCGAAGUGCCUGCACCAUCUUCCUAUCUUGGUGUCAUCUGCAACUUUUGUAAGCAUACGCUCCACUCCAAGUCAUCAGUGACAUCAUGGUAUCUAGCUGCUUUCUCUCCCCUGUCUCCUUUGAAACAUUGAUGUGGUGAUUAAUAUAUCACAAACUGUUGGAGACUGAAAUCAGUGCUUAGUGCCGUCUGAAAAAAACGUUGUAAUCCACCUUGCAAGUGGCUUAAACCCUAGCUGAUCAGGAGGCAUCAGGUCCUAAUUGAGAAGGGAAUUAAAAAAGAUGGCAAUGAGAACGGUUUACUUUAAUAAACCUGCAAAAAUGUAUACUAAUCCUGAAUGCCUACAGCUAUUUGGUGUACGUAGACGGUGUAAGGGCUUGCAGCUUCAUGUAGUCGUCCUCAUUUCCAAUACAAGGAAUAUUGCUGGAACUGGCAAUGUGUAGGAAUGAAAAUGGUGGGUGCAGUUCAAACCACCUAAAUUCAGGGAUUGAUGGAGGUUUUUUUUCCUUGUUUUUGAUUGACAACUUUUGUUUAAAACUAUUACUUACAAAAUGUUUGAAUAUUGAAGUAAAACUGUAUUUGGUUUGAGUGAACAGCAUGACUGGUAUUUCCUUCUGUAAAAGUCAAAUAGUUUUGAGUUCACGUCAGUCUGUUUUCUACCUGAGAUGCUACUGCUUGGUUUACAAUUAAAACAACCUAGUAAAGGUUAUAUAA